UCGAGAAAUAAAUUGGGGGGGGGGACAGCAGGCUCCUCUGGCGCCGAGUUAAGAAACCCGAGUUGUGGGAACGCAGGGAAGUCCGGGGUUUGCCCCUUCCCACGUUGCCCGGGAGGGGGAGAGAGAGAGAGAGUCCCGCGCGGCAUCCUUGCUUUUCCCCCCCGCCGAACCGCCUCCGCGCGCCCAGGUGAGUCCUCUCCGAGGGAGGGGCCCGGCGCCCGGCCAAUCGGAGCGAGAGGCUCCUCCCGCCCUCGGCCAAUCAGCGGCCGAGUCAGGGAGCCUCACCUGUCCCGAGUUAGCGGCGAAGGCGAGGGAAGCGCCCGGCUGAGGUUCCCGGAGGAAGGUCGGGCGUUACGCGCGCGGGGCGGCGAGGGGUGUGUGUGGGUUUCCCUCCUCCCGGGUCUCUUCUUGCCGGCCCCCCACCCACCGGCCAAGGGACCGGGGAUGAUGGAGGGGCCGCCCCCGCUCCGGCUGCCGGACGAGGCCGCCUUCGGAGCCUUCCGGGCCGAGUGCGAAGCCGAGCAGGGCUGGCUCAGCCGCUACCGCCGGGAGGGGAUGGCCGUCUGGGGGAAGCCCCCUCGGGCCGAGGACCCCGCCAUUCACCGGGUCAAGGGUCGCAUCCACAUGCCGGAUGUGCCAGCUGAGACGGCCUACGACGUUCUCCACGACACAGAGUAUCGCAAGAAAUGGGACUUGAAUGUUCUUGAGACGCACGAGAUUGCCCGCCUUUCGGACAACGCUGAUGUAGGCUAUUAUGCGUGGAAAUGUCCAAAGCCUUUGAAGAACAGAGAUGUGGUGACAUUGAGGUCUUGGCGAGUCUUGGACAAAUCUUACAUGAUCAUCAAUUUCUCCGUCAAGCACCCGAAAUACCCUCCACGCAAAGACCUGGUUCGAGCCGUGUCACUCUUGACCGGAUACUUGGUACAGUCCACUGGACCCAAUAGCUGUAGUUUGACAUACCUGGCACAGGUGGACCCGAAAGGAUCGUUGCCCAAGUGGGUUGUCAAUAAAGCAUCUCAGUACCUGGCGCCAAAGCUGAUGAAGAAGCUGCACAAAGCGUGCCUGAAGUAUACUUCCUGGAAGCAGGAGCAUCAUGCCGACACAAAGCCCUGGCUGUACCCGGAGCAAAACCAGCUCCCUUACAUGGCCAUCUCUGACCUGUCUCUACAACACGCUUCCUCUUUGGAGAACAUCGACGAGAGCAGCUUGAUGGAAGCCAGAGAUGAGAAGGGGGACACCAGCGGGUCAGAGAACUGACGAUCCAGGAGCAAGCGAGCUCUGUUUGGGAGCCAGGAGAUUUAUGCUGCUCUGUUCUAGUGCCUAGCCCACUUAGUUUUACAAUAAAUGGUGGGAACUUAA